CAUGGAGCCAAGUGACGGCCAGGCUGAAUAUGUACAGUUCUCCAAGGAGAAGUACCUGCUGGAGUCACCUCCGGAGAAACUUCGCAAGGAGCUGGAGGAUGAGCUGAAACUGAGCCCUGCUGACAUCAGGAGCCAUGGCUGGUACCAUGGGCACAUACCCAGAGAGGUGUCAGAGACUCUGGUUGUGCGUAACGGAGAUUUCCUGGUGCGGGACUCUCUGACCAGUGUGGGCGACUAUGUUCUGACCUGUCGAUGGAGCAAUGAGGUGAUGCACUUCAAGAUCAGCAAAGUCCUGGUCAAAUCCAAUGAGACCAAGGUGCAGUACAUGUUGGAGACGGACAGCUUCGACUCGGUCCAGGAGCUUGUGCGUUUCUACAUCGGCCAGCGCAAACCGGUCUCCCAGUCCAGCGGCGUCCACAUCUACUGCCCGGUGAGCAGGACCCUCCCCCUGCGCUACCUGGAGGCCACCUUCUCACUGGCCCACAGCAAGCAGGGCUCCGCCUACUCGCCGUCCAGUCAGAGGGGAGCGUACAUCAAGAGGCGCAGCGUCACCAUGAACGACGGGCUGACCACGGAGAAGAUGAUGCCUCACAGCCCGUCGACGAUCCACCACCACAAAGACGCAAUGCGGAACUGUGCGAUGAGCAUGGACCAGAUUCAGGAGUACCGCUGCCCCCUGUCACCCGUCGGGGAGACCCCACUCUCUCCUGCGUACAGUGCUAUCAACAGGCAGAGAGCCCUCUCAGGCGGGCGCGUCCUGGCCGUCAUCCCCCCCUCCCCAGUGAUGCGUCACUGCAGCGACCCUCAGCUCAGCCCCAUGGUCGGCGCCAACCCUCCGGAGCAUCCCGCUCACACCUCGCACUCGGCGCACUCCUCACCCGCCCACCGCUCCGGCUACCAAUCCCAUUCCUCGGAGACGGCGGGGAGCUACUGUGACCUCAGACCUUGCCCGGGACCCCCCAAGCCCCCGGCCAAGGGCUACGUGGAGCGGUUGCGGGUCGAGGAAGGGAGGGAGGCGGCAGCGAAGGAGGAAGGAGAUGGGAUGCUCUGCACUCCACAGGUGGAGAGGACGUCCUCGUUCAGGCCGUCCAGGUACGAGUCGUGCCUCAUGCCCGCGGAGAACAAGCCUCUGGAGAUGUCGGUGCUGAAGAGAGUCAAAGAGCUGCUGGCGGAGGUCGACGCCAGGACGGCGGCCAAACACAUCACCAUGGUGGACUGCACGGUGGCCAGAAUAUUGGGCGUAACCUCAGAGACGCAAAGGAUGAUGGGAGUGUCGUCAGGCCUGGAGUUACUGACGCUGCCACACGGACACCAGCUGAGACUUGACCUACUGGAGAGGUUCUACACCAUGUCCAUCAUGAUGGCGGUGGACCUGCUCGGCUGUACUGGAAGCACGGAGGAGAGAGCGGCCCUGCUUCAUAAAACCAUCCAAUUAGCAGCCGAGCUUAAAAGCAACAUGGGGAACAUGUUUGGCUUCGCUGCUGUGAUGAGAGCCCUGGAGCUGCCACAGAUUUCCCGCCUGGAGCAGACGUGGGUGACGUUACGGCAGAGACACACAGAGGGCGCUAUUCUAUAUGAGAAGAAACUCAAACCUUUCAUGAAGAAUAUGAACGACGGCAAAGAGUCCGGUGCUCUGUCCAACACGUCCUUCCCACACAUCAUCCCCGUCCUGUCCCUGCUGGAGCGCGGCCUGGCUCUCGGGGAGGCGCUGGAGCCGUGGGAGAGUGCCGAGGUCGGAGUGGACGUGGUCAUGUACCACCUGGAGGCAGCUCGCACCAUCGCACAUCACGGGGGAAUCUACAGAAACAACACUGAGGGCAAACUGCAGGGCCUCCAGGAGCAAUCAGAAAUACACGAGAUCUUCCAGACGGAGUUCCAGAUGCGCCUCCUGUGGGGCAGCCGCGGCUCCGAGGGCAGCCAAUCAGAGCGCUACGAGAAGUUCGACAAGGUUCUCACUGCCCUGUCCCACAAGCUGGAGCCUGCCGUGCGCCACAGCGAGCUAUAACACUCACCUCAGUGCCCGUCAUCAGAAAAAAAAAUGAACCCCCCCAUCUGCACUCCCUACUCAUAGUCGUACGGCCUUGUUUUGCAUUGCAGAGGAUGAUGUGGAAGAGUCCAGUAUGAACGCUGGGAGGGGUCAGUGAACGAAGAGGCAGCUACGUGUGCGUUGAGCACUGGGAACACAGGAAAGAGGGUUAUGCACUUGUAAUGUGUUGCACUGACUGUGGACUCCAAACACUCCCUGUGGAUUUUCCUCACUUCAAAAAAUGUAAAGGGCAACAAAGAGGAUACAAGAGGAGAAGAAUACAGGGGGAGACGGGUGACUCACUCCUGUGCUUGGUACAAAUGGUCACAUGUACGGUGUCCC